AUCUUUACGUUCAGUUCUAAAACAGAUAUUGAGCGAUAGUGAGUCGGAAAUUUAUGUGCAAUGAAUAAGUGUCGCUAGAAAAAUUUUAUUAUUUCUUGUUACAAUUUAAUUGAUUGGUGGAUGAUUUACUAGCUAAGGCAAUUUUAGCAAAAAAAAAAUAUCCAAUUAAUCGAUACGGCGCACAACAGGCAAUUGGCAAUCAUAAAAAUUCAAAAUGUACGAGUCAUAUGCAUUUUUACGACCGAUUGUUAUAUUUGCUGGUGCCAUAGGAAUUUUCCAAUCACUAGCAUGGAUCAGCUUAUCAAUAGUUGGGCUAAUUGCCUAUUACUGCAACAUGGACUUUACAAACAUGAUCGCUUCAUACGGAACAAUAACUGAAUUGACACUGUUUCAAUUGUACUUCCGAGGUGGAUGCUUCCAGCCCGGUUUACCUGAUAUCAAUUUUGGCGUAAUUGAACAGCUCAAUUUAAUGACACCGCUAAAUGUUCAUGCUUGGAUGUGGGUCUAUUUAGCUGUUAGCAUUUUAUGGGCAAUAAGUUCAAUCACAUUGAUAGCUGUUGUGACACACCGAUACAUAAAAAUUGCCAAUAUUUUCCUGUACAUUUGGAUCUUCAUAACAGUAGGGCUGUCGUUAAUGGAUCUUGCGUUCGGCAUUCUAUUUGCCCUUGAUUACAACGACUUAAUGCAUCUAGCUCAUCAAAUACCAACUGCUGAAUUCACUACCACGGAAUUCGUUCUUAUCGCAGCCCAAACUGCUUCCGGUGCAAUGAUGACAAUAGCAUUCAGAGGAUUUGUUUUAUGGAUUAUAAAUGUAGCCCUGGCGAUUUACUUGUUUGCUCAAACAUUCAACAUCUUUGACUACAACAAAUUCCAACCAACCGAGCCAAUUGGAACGACUAACCGAGCUUUCGUCAAUGACGAAAAGGCUCAUCCAAUCGACGCUUACGGACAAAAGAACCAACCAAAUCUAUGGUUAGCGCCAACAGUAGCCGUUGAUCAACGUAAUCAACAACGCGUUGGUUCAGCAUUGUACGAAGAACGAAGACGACACUAUGACAAUCAGCCGUUGCCGCAGAGUCGGCCAGCACAAUCUACUUUCUAUCCGCCACCAAGGAGCCGUGACGACGAGAUUGAACUACGCAGAGAUAACAACAAUGCCCGGUUAGUGCGAGAAUUAAGCCAUCGUAAUACUCGACGCGAAGAACCGAAUGUGCCAGCUCCUGAUUAUAGUCCUCAUAUGCCUCGCUCGAAUCCGUAUGAGGCAUCACCGUUAAAACCAACUCAAAAACAAUCGUCAAGAUAUUGAUGAUUCUGCCUUUUCAUCGUUAUUGCUCAGUUUAUUUACGUUACAAGAAUCGAAUUACCAAAUUAGGUAGGCUGAUACCAGGACCAUUCCAAACAAAAAAAAAUGUUUCAGAUUUAAGAACUCGUUUUCGGGGUCGUAUACAGAAAUAAAGGAAUUGAGAGACA